CUCUACUCCCUCUCUCUCUGCUCUCACUUGUUUCUCCAAAACUCUCUCUCUAUUCUCUCUCUGUAUUUGCCAUGUGAAAUUCUCUAUGUAGAACAACCAAUUCAAUCGCAUCUCCACAGAGUGAUAAAGAUGGGCGGAAUAGGAUUGAAGCCCUAGAAUAGUUAAUUGUUACUGUGAUUUCUUUACAUGUUCGUUUUAAUGAAGCUACCUUGAAUGAUUAACUUCUUUUGGGUAAUUUAAGGUUAAUUAUAGUUUUCCACAGUGAAUAUAAAGUAUGGAAGUUGCUGAGGUUAAAGAAAAUUUACUUGUGGUUGGCGAUGCAAAGUUACAUGGAGGGAUGUGCAAGUCACUCUCUGUAGUUUAUUCCAAAGUGUUGGGAAUUUUUCCCGUGUUGGAAGCAGCACGUCCUAGGAGCACAUCGGGUAUUCAGGCAUUAUGUUCUUUGCACAUAGCGGUCGAGAAGACCAAGAUUAUUCUUCAACAUUGUUCUGAAUGUAGUAAACUUUAUUUGGCUAUAACUGGGGACGCAAUUGUUUUAAAAUUUGAGAAGGCAAGAUGUGCUCUUGAAGAUGGUCUUAGGCGGGUUGGGGAUAUCGUUCCACAAUCUAUUGGUUGUCAGAUCUCAGAAAUUCGAAGUGAGCUUGAAGGGAUUGAGUUCUCACUUGAUCCAUUGGAGAAGCAAGUUGGUGACAAAAUAAUUGUAUUGCUCCAGCAAGGGAGAAAAUUCAACAGCAAUUCUAAUGACAAUAAUGAGCUUGAAUCUUUUCAUCAGGUUGCUUCUAGUCUUGGUAUAACCUCUUCGAGAGCGGCUCUUACAGAGAGAAGGGUUCUGAAGAAACUCAUAGAAAGAGCUCGGAUUGAUGACGAUAAGCGCAAGGAAUCAAUUGUGGCUUAUCUUUUACAUCUUAUGAGAAAAUACUCUAAAUUAUUUAGAAGUGAAUUUUCGGAUGAAAAUGAUUCGCAGGGUUCAGCACCUUGUUCUCCUACUGUUCAGGGCUCGUUUGAGGGCAAUGGUCAUGCCUUUGAGCGACAACUCCCAAAACUCAAUUCUUUCAAUUCCAAGCCGAAUUUCUGGAGGUCAGGGCAGAUGCUCAUUCCUCCCGAGGAGUUGAGGUGUCCAAUAUCAUUGCAGCUCAUGUAUGACCCUGUUAUCAUUGCUUCUGGGCAAACAUAUGAAAGGAUUUGCAUUGAGAAAUGGUUCAAUGACGGGCACAACACCUGCCCAAAAACUCAGCAGCAGCUCUCUCAUCUUUGUUUGACUCCUAAUUAUUGUGUUAAAGGUCUUGUUGCUAGUUGGUGUGAACAAAAUGGAGUUCCUGUUCCUGAUGGUCCCCCAGAAUCUCUUGAUCUAAACUACUGGAGGCUGGCACUAUCGGAGAGUGAAUCUGCGAAUUCAAAAUUAAUAGAUGGCGUUGACUGCUACAAGUUGAAAGGCAUAAAGGUGGUUCCUUCGGAGGAGAGUGGUAUUAUUGAGGAGGCGGAAGGAAUUAAAGGGAAAUAUGUGUCUGUACAGGAGGAAGAUUUUGAGUUCAGCGUGUUUGAACGAUAUGAGGGCCUUUUGACCAUCCUGAGCAAAGAGGAAGAGCUGAGAAAAAAGUGCGAAGUAGUUGAACAGAUAAGGCACUUGCUAAAGGAUGAUGAGGAAGCUAGGAUUUAUAUGGGGGCCAAUGGCUUCAUUGAAGCGCUGAUGCAGUUUUUAGUGUCUGCUGUGGAUGAAAGGAAUGGGAUGGCUCAGGAAAUUGGAGCAAUGGCUCUCUUCAACCUUGCUGUUAACAAUAACAGAAACAAGGAAAUGAUCCUAGCUGCAGGAGUACUUCCAUUGCUGGGGGAAAUGAUUGCCAAUUUCGACUGUCAUGGAUCAGCAACGGCUCUGUACCUUAACCUUUCAUGCCUUGAAGAAGCCAAGCCUAUUCUCGGCACAAGUAAGGCCGUCCCUUUUUUGAUGCAGGUUCUUAGAGCUGAAACUGAUCCCCAAUGUAAGCUGGAUGCCCUCCAUGCAGUCUAUAAUCUCUCCACACACCGUUCCAAUAUUUGCAGCCUCCUACAGGCUGGCAUCAUCAGUGGCCUUCAAUCUCUUCUGAUGGACUCCAGUACCCGUGCAUGGACUGAGAAAUGCAUAGCUAUUUUUAUGAACUUGGCUUCAAGCAAAUCAGCAAGAGAUGAAAUCAUAUCAGCCCCAGGUUUUGUUACCAAACUUGCGGCAUUAUUGGAUGUCGGUGAGCCUGUUGAGCAGGAGCAUGCUGCUGCAUGUCUUCUGCUUUUAUGUAAUGGAAAUGAGAAAUGCAGUCAAAUGGUCCUGCAAGAAGGGGUGAUACCUUCUUUGGUGUCAAUUUCGGUAAAUGGAACUAUGAGAGGAAAACAGAAGGCUCAGAAACUACUGAUGCUCUUUCGGGAGCAGCGGCAACGCGACCCAUCACUGGUUCAGAAUUGUCAGCAGUCCAAAAGUAGUGACAUGGCCAUGCCGGCUCCGGAAUCAAAACCAGUAUGUAAGUCGAUCUCGAGAAGAAAGAUGGGUAGGGCUUGGAGUUUUUUGUCGAAGACCAAAAGCUUUUCGGUAUAUCAGUGUUAAGAGUCUCUUAUCUUUGUUCUCUGGUUGGUAUUGUAAAUUUCUGAUGCAUCUCCUUUUGGAUUUGUUUUGUCCAGUUCCCACAAGCAAAUACCUAGUUUUAGUUUUCCACAGAGAAGAAGAGAUGUACAGUCUCCUAUGUGAUAUUUGGAUUUUGUUUCUUUCUGUUGCCUUGUGAAUAGGUUUUGUAUAUACAGUUAAAUCUAUUUUUGAAGCAAACCUCACUGUGCUGAGAUGUGAAUGUUAAUUCAAAUGGUCUGGUUCGCUGCUUA